GACCGCCGGCCCGGCCUAGCGCCAGCGGACCCAGGUUUUGAGGUGCCUUCUAGUCCUGUGAAAGCGCUUCUCUUCUUCCUUCGUAAGUUGCCUUGCUGCUUAUACCACUGCCAGCCAACAUGGAAAAGACCGAGAUGAUCCAGAAAGCCAAGCUAGCCGAGCAGGCAGAGCGCUACGAUGAUAUGGCUACCUGCAUGAAGGCAGUGACGGAGCAAGGUGCUGAGUUAUCCAAUGAAGAACGCAAUCUGCUUUCUGUGGCCUACAAAAAUGUUGUAGGGGGGCGGCGCUCUGCUUGGCGGGUGAUUUCUAGCAUCGAGCAGAAAACUGAUGGCAACGAUAAGAAGAUGCAACUUGUCAAAGACUACCGAGAGAAAGUGGAGUCUGAACUUAAGUCCAUCUGCACUACCGUUCUGGAGCUGCUGGAUAAAUAUUUAAUAGCCAAUGCAACUAACCCAGAGAGCAAGGUAUUUUAUCUGAAGAUGAAGGGAGACUACUUCCGAUACCUUGCAGAAGUUGCAAGUGGAGAUGACAGAAAACAAACAAUAGAAAACUCACAGGCGGCUUAUCAGGAGGCAUUCGAUAUCAGCAAGAAAGAGAUGCAACCCACACAUCCUAUUCGUUUGGGUCUAGCGCUUAACUUUUCUGUAUUUUACUAUGAGAUCCUUAACAACCCGGAGCUGGCCUGUACAUUGGCGAAGACAGCUUUUGAUGAAGCCAUUGCAGAACUUGAUACACUGAAUGAAGACUCAUACAAAGACAGCACUCUCAUCAUGCAGUUGCUUAGAGACAACCUCACAUUAUGGACAUCAGACAGUGCAGGAGAAGAAUGUGAUGCGGCAGAAGGUGCAGAAAACUAAACUGCAUAUGGAGUGUCAUUCCCCUUCUCAAGAAACCUUUUUACACGUCUCAUUCCUUAUAGCUCCACUUGGAUUUCCUAUAGCAAAGACAACCCAUCCAUGUGUAUGGAAAUCAAUUUAUAGUCUUUUCACACUGCAGCUUUGGGAAAACUCCAUUCCUUGAUUUGUUUGUACUGGCCUUCCUGGUGUGCGGUUACUGCUGUAGAAAAGUAUUAAUACUGGCUUUAAUUUCAUAUAAACAUAAGUAACUUCCAAACACUUAUGUAGCAGGCUAAAGUUACCUGGUAUUUAAAAAGAAAAAUUUGAACCAGUUCCUGCGAGUGACUGUGUUUGUAUUAUGGUAAAGACAUGAAACUAUAGUUGGCGCAACUAAAGAGUGUUAAACACAGUUCAGUUCUCCACAUUCCUUUUUUAUUCUGCAGGGGGGUUACUUAGUGAUUUGACUGUCACAUGCUACUGUGUAUUCCUUUCUGUAGGAUUGGGGAGUAUUGGGCCAAAUGGGAAGCAGGGCAAAUGGUGGCUUUCCCAUACGUGUAUACAGCAGGCGCUACUGAGUGUUUAAAUACAGGGACUCUGUUUUGUUUUUUUACUCUUCAGUUGCUGCUGUUCAGCUAUCCCUUCCCAAUAAAAAAAUCACUUACACUCCUGCCUUUGUAGUUCUGGUAUUCACUUGAUUAUGUACUAGAAGCAGCAUGUUACUGCCAGAAUACAAGGGAGUGCCUUUUUGGCAGACUAAAGUGCAUGUCAUUUCUUUUACACUGGAAUGGGGGAGGGGGGGAAUUUCACAUGUCCAAGUAUAAAACUUUUCCAUGCAGGUUUGUGCACAUGUAUGAAGGUGUCGAGUUCGUCCAGUGAUUGUUCCGUAGAUAGAUGGACCACUAUUGUGUGUUGCUAAUCAUUGAUUGUAGUCCCAAAAAAGCCUUGUGAAAAUGUUAAUGCCCUAUGUAACAAAAUAACAUUAAAUAAAAUUACAUUUUAUAAACCACUAAA